AUGCCAUACGGCGAAGCUUUCCGAAAACACAGGAAGUUCGUUCAUUCCACCAUCACCAAGCGAGCGAUCACUACUUUCCAGCCUGUUCAAACCAAGAAUGCUCGCGCUCUGGCUCUGAACCUUUUGGAGAACAAGAACCGGCAUGAAAUGUUUUUCAACAUGUUCGCCACCAGCGUCAUUACCGGCAUCCUCUACGGGCACCAGGUCGUUUCCGAGGACGAUGAAUACAUGAAACUAAUGGACCACCAAAGCAUGAUUGCUGUAAAUCUUGGCCAGCCUGGAGGGGCGCUCCUGGAUAUCCUUCCGUUCCUACAAUAUCUGCCCGCUUGGUUCCCUGGAACAGGACCCGCCAUUAGAGCACGGGAGUGGAGGCCCAUGUUCAGACGUGUUUAUGAUUAUCCUUAUGAACAGGUGGAGAAGAAAAUGGCCGAGGGGGUUGCAGGAGACUCAAUACUCGCUCGAGUGUUGGCGAAGUUUUCUACCAGAAAUUCUGUCCCUGAAGAAGAGAUUGAAUAUGUCAAACUGGCGACCGGUGCGAUGUAUCGAGCUGCCGUAGAGACAACUUGGUCUACGAUCGCGGUGCUAUUUAUGACCAUGAUCUUAUACCCCGAAUGUCAGAAACGUGCUCAAGAAGAAAUCGAUCGAGUCAUCGGGUCCGAGAGAUUACCAGAGUUCGAGGAUAAAGAUUCAUUGCCGUACACCACUGCUCUUGUUCAUGAAGUUUUGAGAUGGCAUCCUGUCAUUCCUUUAGCCAUACCUCAUCGAUCAGUCCAGGACGAUGUAUACAAAGGAAUGUUCAUACCUAAAGGCACCACGAUCCUAGCUAACGUCAUGGGGAUGGCUCUGGACGAGAAAACAUACAAGAACCCGUCUGUCUUCAACCCAUCUCGUUUCCUUCCCAAGCCAAAUGGCGAUGACGAACCGCUCUUCGGCUCCGCGUUCGGAUUUGGGCGCAGAAUCUGUCCCGGAAGACAUUUCGCACUCAACAGUCUUUGGAUACUUACGGCUACAAUUCUAGCGACGUUGGAUCUAUCUGCAGGUAGAGAUGAAAACGGGAACCUGGCGCCUCCGCCGCUCGAGUUUAACCAUACCGUUUCUAGGCAAGGGUGUUCGUUCUUCAUUGUCAAACCAACAGAUGGCUUAUUAUUUGAUUGA